UAUAUGUGAGGCUUUACGCCCUCACCCUUUUCUCUCUUUCUUUUUCCCUUGCGUGUAUUUUCCGAACCCCAUAAAAACCAAACAGCGCAGAACGAAAAACCAAAAAACCCCAUUUUUCUUCUCACAAACUCUUACUUAAAUCACAAAAAUAAACACAAAAAUAAACACAAAAAGUUGAUUCUCCAGUUGCAAAAUCGAUUAUUAACCAUUUUUAUGGUUAUUUAUAUUUGAGAUCUUGUCCCUCCUACAAUGUUCUUCACUUUGUAGCGGGCAAGGUAAAUAUAUAUUUAUAUAUACACUCACUAAAAGAAAAAAAAAGAAGAAGAUUUUUGAAUCUGAUUUUAUUGAUUCUGAUUUCAGCUUGAAGUUACCUAUUUUUGGGUACUUUGGGGAUUUUUAUCGGCAUUUUUGGUAUUUCGGUUUUUCUCUGGAUUCGCCUUUUUGAUAAAACGAACAAAAAAAGUGUGGAAUUUUCCACUUUGAUUCCUUCGAAUUUCAACGCACUUUUGUUUUGGCUUGGUACUCUUAUUGGUUACUGAGACAUUGUGGAAUUUUCUAGGGUUUUCAAAUCGGAUCGCCUACUCUAAGUGAUUGAGCUCAAUUGCUGGGAUAUAUUCAUCUAAUUAGGGUUUUGAAGAGUUCAAUAGUAGCAAUUGAUCCACUGAUCGCCCAUUAAUGCGAGCAAAUUGGCUGGGGAUUUGAGCAAUGGAAGAGGACUGUAGAUAUUAAUAGAGUUAUUAGCAGUUUUGCCUUGACAGAGUUGUGAAAUACUGUGUUUUUGACUCUUGUUUGUGAAAUUUGAAGUGAAGAGCGAGUUUAAUUUAGUGGAUUUUGCAAGUCUAAAUUAGUGGAUUUUGGGUUGAUUGAGUGAGUGAGGUAUUAAAUGGAAGCAAACUGAAGUUUGAAAGGAAUGUGGGGACAUGGUGCAUGGACAAGAGUAUAAUUUCUGGUUCGUUCCGUUACUGGAACAACACUGUUGUGAGAAAUUAAUUGGAGUAUUAUUAUUAUCUCGGAGUAAAAUUUUGUGCAAUGUCGCGCUGCUUUCCGUUUCCACCACGGGGAUAUGAAAAGAAGCUUAGACCAGAGGAGGGUGACUUAUUGAAAGAGGAGAAAAGGAAGGAGAAAAAACAUAAAAAGGAAAAGAAAGACAAGGAAAAGAGAGAAGGUAAAGAAAAAAGGGAUAAAGACAAAAGUGAUGGGAAACACAGAGAAAAGAAAGAGAAAAAGGAUAAACACAGGGACAAGAAGGAAAAGCACAAGGACAAAAAGAAGGACAAGGACAGGGAUAAAGAGAAAAGCAGCAUCUCUGAGGAGGCUAGAGUUGCCGCUCUACCUGGGCCUUCUACUGGAGGGAAACUUCACGAGAGAGAUGAACAUAAAGAUAGACACAUUAGCUCAGAUAAAGGGAGAGAUGAACAUCAGCUCAGAGAUAGGGAUAGAAACAUCAGCUCAGAUAAAGGGAGAGAUGAACAUCAGCUCAGAGAUAGGGAUAGAAACAUCAGCUCAGAGAAAAGCAAGCACCCCGAUCAGUUUCACAUCCAGCUUGGCCUCUCUGCUGUUGAGACAGAGGACUCAAAAUUUGUGCAAGAGUUGGACAGGAGGAUCAGAGAUGCAGAGAAGGGUGCUCAAAGUCAGUUGGCGGAGAGAUUUCCAGUUGAGUGCAAAAGGGAUGAAGAGACAGGCAGGGUGCGCAUCAAGGAUUCUGGAAAUUUGGCUCAACACAAGGAAAAGAACAAAGAGAAAGGAUUUGUUAACAAUAAGAUGGAUGGGCAAGCUUUCAGGGGUGAACUUAAAAUUGGAGCUAAUGCAAUACCUCCCAGCCUUUCUACAAUGGCAAAAAGCAAAUUUGAAGGAAUCCCCAGGCCAUUGGAAGAAAAUGUUGAGAAGUCAAGAGAGGAAAAACAAAAACCUAAAGAAAGACGUGAUGACAAACCAAGAGAGAAAAACAAGGAUAAAGAUAGGGAAAAGAAAAGUCAUGGAAAGCAGAAAGACAAGGAAAAAGAGAAGAAAAAGGAAGAGAAGGCAAAGGGCAAAAGUGAACACAAGAAAAGCCAGGAGGAUACAUCAAGAGAUAUCAAUAAGAAUGACUUUGUUGGUCUUACUAACAAUAAACUUCCACUUAUAUCCAAGGAAAGCAUUGCUGGUACAGUCAACGUGGGAAUUAACAGAAAGAGGAAGGAUGUUGAAACUAAUGGUUUCCUGCAUGAGAGUGAACUCAGGCCUGCUAAAUUGCUACGGCCGUCAUCCUCUCAGCAGCCAACACAGAAUGGAAAGACAUUUGACACACACCCAAAAGCAGACCUGUUUUCCUCCAGUAAACAGGAAGUUGCUACUGAUGUUAAAGUGGAAAACAAGAAGCACAAGGUGAAUGGUGGUAUAGAAGGCCUGCCAUUAUUCAGUGCUGAGGCAAAGGCUUCAUCCAUCAUUCCUGGUGCUGAUCAAAUAGCCGAAGCAUCUAAAAGAUCUCCUCAUCCCGAUUCCAAGUUUUUAAGCCAGAUACUCGCAGUUCCUAAGGUGGACGAUUGGUCUGGGUUUGAUGACCAGGAAUGGUUGUUGGGAAGCAAAAGAACUCCGGCUAAGAAAGCUGAGACGUGUCCAGAUGAAGUCAAUAAGGAACAUUGGGUAUGGUCUGAAGCUUUGCAAAUAGAGGCUGCUGAUGUUUGUGCUCUGCCAUAUGUUAUACCUUAUUGAAUGCUAUUAACAUGAUCUGACAAGAUGAGUUUCCAAGGACGAAGCUCUGCCAGCUGUGCAGGAGCAAGCAUCUGGCUUCUAGAGGCCCGCACUAGGUUUUGAUUGGAUUCUUUCUCACCCCUCUAGCCCUGGUCAUCUGGCUUCUAGAGGCCCGCACUAGGUUUUGAUUGGAUUCUUUCUCACCCCUCUAGCCCUGGUGGUCUUGCUGGUGGCAGUUUGUUCUGACAUCGAUUCAAAAAUAUUGAUCUCGGCUUCUUCUAUACCUAUGAAUUCCAUCGGACCCAAAAAAUGAUACAUUGGAAGAAUCUGUCGGGUCUUUACAUUAUCAAUGGGUUGAUUGUUUUGCCCCUGUAACUUCCCAAAGGAAAAAAGAUCUUCUAGAAUUAUCAAUCACCACGACUGUACGUUGCAGUAGCUUAGACGGAGGGGCAACUUAUUGCCAUGUUUGAUAACCCCACAGAUGGAACGGCGGGAUAGUGUGUCUAGGAAGAUGCAUAAGCUUAUGCAAGUUUAUUCUAUUUGCUUAAAAGCUUGGAUGCUCUUUCUAAUUGAGUGUAAAAGAACUAGCUUUUGUGGUCUUCACAACUCCACAAUUUUGAUUUGUAACAUAGUAUUACUAUAGUUGUAAGCUAGAUGGGAUAAAAAGCACAAACAAAAGAAAAGAGGUAGUUGCAUUCAUUUGAUUCACUGAGAUGCAAGGUCUUCUUGUUUAUAUUCGAUUUCCACUAUCUAAAAAAAUACCAUUUAACAUCA